AUGCACUUCAAUAGUGCUGUGCUUAUUACCGCCUUGGUUGCCUCUGUUGCAGCUGCCCCUCAACGCGACAACGCCGACCCCAGAACCCAGAGGGUUAUAGUCAAUGACUUCAGCGCCCGUCAUAAGCUAGAUGGAACCGUUGAGUCUGUUGGGUUGCACAUUACGGGCCCUGAUGCCGGCGAAAUCGAAUGCUCCAAGUCCGAUGGAGUUGUCUUGGGCGAAAAGUACAAAUGUGGUGACAGCAAAUAUAGCUUUGCUCUAAUCGAAGGUGUUUUUGAUACCUGGGGCAUCCGCGUCUACCAUCAGUGGGGUGUUGCGGAGUGGAGCUUCUGGCAGCAGAGAUGUUCCUACCAUAUGCCGCGCAGGCCCCCUCCAAACUACCAUCUGCACUGCUCCGACGCCAGUCUGGUUCUAUAUUGGCGUCAAAUAAGGGCGUAUCAAUGGCUUCAGUCACGUUGGUUUCUUAAGCUGAGCCUUGAAAGUAUUAUAUAA